AUGUCCAACUCCAUUACCCAUCAAAACCAAUUUGAGAAUCAAGAGCUUGAUGCUUAUGGCUCCUCUAUGAGGCACAACAAUGCGUUUCCUGAGGCCUUGGGAGCAUUUCCUAGCAUUGGAGUGGCUGAGGGCUCUGCGAUAAGCCACACGAGGCAUUUGAUGGAUCUUCUUGGAGCAGCUAAUGAAAGCAAUCACCACCAACCUCGAGGCCUUUCUCUCUCUUUAGGCUCUCACAUGCUUGUUCCUUCCGAUGAAUACAGGAAUCAUCAGAGACCCUUGAACCCGGGUCUCAUUAACCCCAAUUUCUUCAUGUCUGGACAAGAGGCACGUGAGGCUUGUAAUCCACCCUUGGAGCAUCUUACCGGAGACUACUUUUUCAAUACUGGCACUGGCACUUAUGUUUCUUCUUCUUCUGCCCCUUUGAACCGGUCUCCUAAUUCCACAUCUUAUGUUCCUGAGUCUUUUGCUUCUGUCAUUGGGAACUCGAGGUACCUCAAACCGGUACAGUCCCUUCUUGAAGAUCUUGUUGACGUUGGUGGAAAUGUGGCGGAUAGAAUCAAUGAAAAGUAUGUCGAGAAGAUGUUUCGUGGGAGUAGAGGAGGUGCUAGGAUACUGUCCUCAGAGUUGAAGACAGAGUUGAGGAAUAAUGGACCUUUAUUGGCUGAUAAACAUGAACAUCACAUCAAAAUUGCAAGGUUGAUUUCUUUGUUGGAUAAGGUUGUUUGGUUUCCUCUGCCAACUAUCAUUGACUUGGAUAUACCUUUGGACAUUGGUUUCCUCAACCUUUGGACUUGA